CCUUCGACAUGGUCUCCGGGGCCUCUCGGAAUCCAGGGAGACAUGCACGGCGUGUGCAGGUACCAUGAUCUUGGAGAUGGCGGCACUUUCUCGUCUCACCGGAGAUCCAGUCUUCGAGCAGAAGGCACAUCGAGCCAUGGAUAGACUCUGGAUGAUCAGGCACAGGACAUCCGACCUGAUGGGUACAGUGAUCAACAUCCACUCUGGUGAUUGGGUGCGCAAGGACUCUGGUGUUGGUGCAGGCAUCGACUCCUACUACGAGUACUGCCUCAAAGCUUACAUAUUAUUGGGUGAUGAGAAGUACCUCGCACGAUUCACUCGUCAUUACAACGCCGUCAUGAAGUACAUCAGCAGACCUCCGGUCAUGCUCGCAGUGCAUAUGCACAGGCCUCACCUGCAGUCGCGCAACUUUAUGGACGCGCUGCUGGCGUUCUGGCCGGGGCUCCAGGUGCUGCUGGGGGACGUGCGCCCCGCCGUCGAGACACACGAGAUGCUCUACCAGGUCAUGCAGCGCCACACCUUCAUACCUGAAGCGUUCACAUCGGAUCUCCAGGUACUACUAGUGCACUUGCAACUUGUUACCGAUGUCUUAUUUUCAUAA